AUGACUGAAGUUAAUACAUUCAUUGCCGACUCGAAUGCACCUAUAAUUGUGUUAUCUGCUAAGAAACACUUUGAACAAUUACCAACAAAAGACGCUAAACUUUAUGCUCAUUACCUUUCAAGAGCCUCCCACUAUGGUACUAGAGCCGUUUUAAGAUCAGUUUCGCCAGAGAGCGAAGCAAUUUAUGAUUUGGUUUUAUCAAUUCAUAGACAUUUAGGCGAGCCAGACACUAACGAGGAGUAUGAAGCUCUUUUAAGCAAGGGAACAACCAAGGAAUCACAAGCAGUACCGCACUACUUGGAAUAUGCUUCCCAAUUUUUGUCAAACUUAGGUAAUUAUAAGUCAUUCGGAGACAAGAAAUUUAUUCCUAAGUUGUCUGCAGAAGAAUUUGAUACAUUAAUUUCUGAGGGAAUCAAUGAUGAUUCCAUUACCUCGGCAUAUCAGAAAGUUCGUGAUGCUAUGUAUGAUACGACUACCAAUUUAUUAGGAUGGCCAGAAAAUGGUCAGUUGUCUAACUACUAUCCUAAUUCUCCAGAAAUUACAAAGGACGAGGCAGAAGCUGUUAAUGCUGCUCUUGCCAACAAAGGUAUCAUGCCGGAAAAUACGAGGGUAAAGAAAAUUUCGAACAAGGAGUUCGUAGUUUUAGUUGCUAGUUCUGAAACUGAAAACACAACUACAAACUACCCAAAGGAAAAACUCUCUUUAGAUAAUGGGGCUUCGUUAGUCAUUACGUUUGGUGACCAUAAUGCUGAAUUUAAGCAAAUCGUAGACAACAUGAAGCAAGCUGCAAAAUAUGCUGCAAAUGACACCCAACGUAAGAUGAUUAAUCAUUAUGUUGAAUCAUUUAAAACUGGUAAUAUGAUUGCUCAUAAGUCGUCUCAAAUCGAAUGGGUCAAGGAUUUGAAGCCUCUGGUGGAAUCCAAUAUAGGGUUCAUCGAGACAUAUAGGGACCCUUCUGGCGUUAGAGGUGAAUGGGAGGGUUUGGUUGCUAUGGUUAAUCAAGACCGUACUGCUAAAUUUUCCACCUUAGUGGAAAAUGCAGCUAGAUUAAUUCCGUAUUUGCCUUGGGACAAGAUUUAUGAAAAGGACACAUUUACUCCUCCAGAUUUUACAUCUUUAGAAGUUUUAACAUUUGCUGGAUCAGGUGUCCCUGCCGGUAUUAACAUCCCAAACUACGAUGAUGUUAGAUUGAACGUUGGUUUCAAAAAUGUUUCUUUAGGAAAUGUCUUAUCGGCAAAUCCUAAAAAGCCUAAAAAAGAAGAAGUGAUUACCUUCCUCGAGGAUGACAUGCAAGCCAAAUUCCGUAAAUGGAGAGAUGAUGCCUUUGAAAUACAAGUUGGAUUACACGAGCUUUUGGGACAUGGUACAGGUAAAUUAUUGCAAGAAGUGUCCCCAGGUGAAUACAAUUUUGAUAAAUCAAAUCCUAAUAUCCAUUCUUACUAUAAGCCAACUGAUACUUGGGGUUCACUUUUCAGUGCAGUUGCAGGUUCGUUCGAAGAAUGUAGAGCUGAAUUGGUUGCAUUAUACCUCAUUCUUAAAAAACCCUUAGAGGUAUUACCGAUUUUCGGUGUUUCAGAUGAAAAAGACCAGAAAGAAAUUAUUUUGAUCGCUGCCGUAUUAAUGUGCCGUGCCGGUUUGUUAGGAUUAGAAUUCUGGGAUCCAUCAUCUCGUAAAUGGGGCCAACCUCACAUGCAAGCUCGUUUUGGUAUUUUCAAAUCCUUGCACAAGAGUGGUGUUUGCAAGCUUGAAUUCAGCGAGGAAAACAUGGAUGACUUGACAAUCACUUUUGACGAAUCCAAAUUAGACAACAAAGCAGUAGAUGUUUUAGGCGAUUUCUUAUUAAAUUUGCAUGUCUACAAAAGUACAGGUGAUGUAUCUAAAGGUGUUGCAUACUACAAUGAUAUGACUAAUGUUACUGAUGAAUACAGUAGAUUUAGACCUAUCAUUUUACGUAAAAAAUUACCACGUAAACAAUUGAUCCAAGCUAACACGUUUGCAAACGAUUCAGGAGAAGUUGAAGUAAGAGAAUAUGAAGAGUCUGAAGUAGGUAUGAUUCAAAGUUUCGUUGAUAGAAAUGUAUAG